CAGAUAAUUUGCUCAUGCGAUAGAUUGCCCGCCUUGACAUGGCCUCCCCGUCACGGCAACCCGGUUGCCGUCAGCUGCCAAGCGGUGUGCAUGGAAUUGCCGACUUGGCCAGCGGCCCGCUCUCGACGACCUUCCCGGUCCUGGGAGCGGAGAGGCUUCUUCCAGCGUCCAGCCAAGUAUAAGGCUCUCGUUGAGCCCCUUGGCUGUCCCGGUUCGACUGGUCUGCCAGCCGCUCACUGAAGCUUUGUUCAAGUCUCUUGUCCAAGGAAAUCCUCCUCCUCGCCUCGAUAACCCCGGGAUCACUGCCCCUAGGAACCAGCACACCUCGGUCCAAUCAUGCGGUUCGACGCCCUCUCCGCCCUCGCUCUUGCGCCGCUUGUGGCUGGCCACGGCGCCGUGACCAGCUACAUCAUCGGCGGCAAAACCUAUCCCGGCUACGAGGGCUUCUCGCCUGCCUCGAGCCCGCCGACGAUCCAGUACCAGUGGCCCGACUACAACCCGACCCUGAGCGUGACCGACCCGAAGAUGCGCUGCAACGGCGGCACCUCGGCAGAGCUCAGCGCGCCCGUCCAGGCCGGCGAGAACGUGACGGCCGUCUGGAAGCAGUGGACCCACCAGCAAGGCCCCGUCAUGGUCUGGAUGUUCAAGUGCCCCGGCGACUUCUCGUCGUGCCACGGCGACGGCAAGGGCUGGUUCAAGAUCGACCAGCUGGGCCUGUGGGGCAACAACCUCAACUCGAACAACUGGGGCACCGCGAUCGUCUACAAGACCCUCCAGUGGAGCAACCCGAUCCCCAAGAACCUCGCGCCGGGCAACUACCUCAUCCGCCACGAGCUGCUCGCCCUGCACCAGGCCAACACGCCGCAGUUCUACGCCGAGUGCGCCCAGCUGGUCGUCUCCGGCAGCGGCUCCGCCCUGCCCCCGUCCGACUACCUCUACAGCAUCCCCGUCUACGCGCCCCAGAACGACCCCGGCAUCACCGUUGACAUCUACAACGGCGGGCUUACCUCCUACACCCCGCCCGGCGGCCCCGUCUGGUCUGGCUUCGAGUUUUAGGCGCAUUGAGUCGGGGGCUACGAGGGGAAGGCAUCUGUUCGCAUGAGCGUGGGUACUGUGCUAAUCGGCAUUUUUCCUGCCAUUGUAGCCACUGCAUGGUCAGGGCGUGUGGUUUAGUCCGGCGGCUGAGUGGCUCGGAACGGCGAGCCCAUUCAAGCUGUUGGCUGCUCGACGUAGCCUGGAAAGAGGGUUGCUUUGAUACUGUGCGCUUCCCGCAUUGAACUUCGGUACAUGACGGCUAUUUUGCCGGAUUCCG